GAAAAAAAGAAAAAGAAGAAAUAGCACAGGGGGGGAAAACUUGGUUCUCUAGCCUGGGGUCCCCCCUAAAACGAACGUAUUGGAGAAGCGGCAGAAGCCUCCUCGGCCGGGGCAGCGUCCUCAGCCCCGAGCACGUUCUCCCCGGCCUGGGACUAACCGCGCGGCGCAGCCCGGAGCCGAUCGGAGCGCAGACUGAUGGCGCAGAGGUACGAUGAGCUGCCCCACUACGGCGGAAUGGACGGAGUAGGGGUUCCCGCGUCCAUGUACGGAGACCCUCACGCGCCGCGGCCCAUCCCUCCGGUUCACCACCUGAACCACGGGCCGCCGCUCCACGCCACGCAGCACUACGGCGCGCACGCCCCGCACCCCAAUGUCAUGCCGGCCAGCAUGGGGUCCGCUGUCAACGACGCCCUGAAGCGGGACAAGGACGCGAUCUAUGGAUUAAAAGUACUGAAGUCCGCGUCCGAAAGCCGUCUCCCCGUCCAGCGGCCAGGCCUCCUCCAAGGCAGCCGCGUGGCGCUUCGUAUUCUGGUUGAAAAGGUGUGGGGUUUGCCUGGUCCCCUGCGGGUGUCUUCUCCCCAGCCCAAUUCCUUCAGCACCCCCUACUCAGGGCCUGAAGAGUUCCAGAACCCUGACAGUCUUAAACUUUACUUUCAGAUGAUACAAGCAAUACAAGUGCUAAGGUUUCAUCUUCUGGAGUUAGAAAAGGUGCAUGAACUGUGUGAUAACUUCUGCCACCGGUACAUUAGCUGUUUGAAGGGGAAAAUGCCCAUCGACCUCGUCAUUGAUGAAAGGGAUGGCAGCUCCAAGUCAGAUCAUGAAGAACUUUCAGGCUCCUCCACAAAUCUCGCUGACCAUAACCCUUCAUCUUGGCGAGACCAUGAUGAUGCAACCUCAACCCACUCAGCAGGCACCCCGGGACCCUCCAGUGGGGGCCACGCUUCCCAGAGUGGCGACAACAGCAGUGAGCAAGGGGAUGGUUUGGACAACAGUGUAGCUUCGCCGGGCACAGGCGACGACGACGACCCAGACAAGGACAAAAAACGCCAAAAGAAAAGAGGCAUUUUCCCCAAAGUAGCAACCAACAUCAUGAGAGCGUGGCUCUUCCAGCACCUCACGCAUCCGUACCCUUCUGAAGAGCAGAAGAAACAAUUAGCUCAAGACACAGGACUAACAAUUCUCCAAGUAAACAACUGGUUUAUUAAUGCCAGGAGGAGAAUAGUGCAGCCCAUGAUUGACCAGUCGAAUCGAGCAGUGAGCCAAGGAGCAGCGUAUAGCCCUGAGGGCCAGCCCAUGGGCAGCUUUGUGCUGGACGGUCAGCAACACAUGGGAAUCCGGCCUGCAGGUUUGCAGAGCGUGCCCGGGGAGUACGUUUCUCAGGGCGGUCCCAUGGGAAUGAGUAUGGCACAGCCAAGCUACACUCCUCCCCAGAUGAGCCCGCACCCUACUCAGUUAAGACACGGACCCCCAAUGCACGCGUAUUUGCCAAGCCACCCCCACUACCCCGCCAUGAUGAUGCACGGAGGACCCCCCGCCCACCCUGGAAUGACCGUGUCCGCACACAGCCCCACAGGGCUAAAUUCUGUAGAGCCCAGUGUUGGUGGGCAGGGCGUGGAUGUCCAUGCCCAGUAGUGGAAGGGAACUCAAGGGAAAAGGAAACACACGCAAAAACGAUUUUAAGACUUUCUGAACUUUGACCAGAUGUUGACACUUAACAUGAAAUUCCAGACAGCUGUGAUUCUUUUUUACUUUUGUCAUUUUUCAUCAAGCAACAGAGGACCAACACGACAAGAACACAAAUGUGAACGAAACCAUGGGCUCCCUGAGACAAUGCUGUCCAUGGAAAGAUCCUCUGGAAGAAGACUCUGAGAGUUACAACUACUGUAGUAUAAACGUAGGAACUAAGUUAAACUUGUACAUUUCUGUUGAUCACUCCGUUACGUUGCCUCAAAUAGUUUUAGAAGAGAAAAAAAAAUAUAUCCUUGUUUUCCACACUAUGUGUGUUGUUCCCAAAAGAAUGACUGCUUUUGUUCGUCAGUGAAUUCACUACCCAGGAGAGACUGUGGUGUAUUUGAAAGCUGUUGGGUCAUGCUGGAGGCAUGACGGGCACGGGGGGACCUCGUCACCCCAACUCCAGCUUCAAGAAUGUGUUUUCAUGCCCAGCCUUCAUUCCUCCAUAAACCUGUCCUUUAGUUUCAGACAGAUCUUUAUAUAGUUUGCGCUUCAUAAGCCAAUUCCUGUUAUGAUUUCGGGGGACUCUUCUCUGAAGAGCUUACCAGUGAAGAUGCACACCAAGCGGGGCUCCUUCAGGGCCUAGCCCAGCCGUGGACAGAAAAACCAGAAGAUGGGUAGCUUUCCUCCACACACCCAGAAGCUAGGAAGCAGGACCUCCUCAGACACUCAACCCUCGGGGAUACAGAGGAGUGCGCGUGCGCGAGACUGUAACAAACUCCCUACAGAGUUCGGUCUAUUCAUUGUUCCAUGUUAGAUAUUCUAUGUGUUUACCUCAAUUGAAGAAAAAAAAAGAAUGUUUUGCUAGUAUCAGAUCUGCUGUGGAAUUGGUAUUGUAUGUCCAUGAAAUCUUCUUUUCUCAGCACGUGUUCCUCACUAGAAGAAAAUGCUGUUACCUUUAAGCUUUGUCAAAUUUACAUUAAAAUACUUGUAUGAGGACUGUGACGUUAUGUUAAAAAAAAGGUGUUAAGUCACAAGAUGCGGUAAUAAAUAUUUCAUUUUUGAUUUUU